UCCCUUCCACCCUCUCCCUCUUUGGCGACUAAACGAAUCCUGCAAACAUGUCUCAUAACAUCAACAUCGACGCGUCUGAACAUCCAGUGACAGCCGUCACAGUGUACCAACAACGGGCAGAGGUCCUUCGCGACUUUAAGGUCGAGCUCGUGACAGGACAAUCAGAGGUGCAGAUCAGCAAGCUUCCGACAUGCAUGGACGAGUCUUCAUUGCGCGUCGAUGGCAUCGGGAACGCAGUCAUCUUCGAUGUGAUCUACGAGCGUCUUUCGCCAAAGCUCACUGUUCCGAAAGCGUCAUCGGAGAAGGUUGCAGCGCUUGAAAUCGAAGAAGCGACACUUCGCCGCGAGUUGAAGGUGCUCACUAUUCAAACGUCGAUUCUUGGCGACUUCUCGAAGAGCCUGACUGCGAAGGAUGUGAAUCCGUCGCAGCUUGUGGAGUUCAUGGGGAUACUUGAGGACAAAGGGACAUCAUUGGAGGAGAUGAGAGAGAAGACACACAAACGAUUGCAGGAAGUGCAGUUAGAGAUCGCAGUGGAGAGAAAUGGACAGAUCCCGAGCGAGGAGGCGCGGAAGCUAGCCACGAAGGUCACAGUUAUUGUGUUGGCCGAACAAGCUGGUCCGGCCGAGCUGACGGUAAAAUAUGUUGUGUCGAAUGCAGACUGGGAGCCUCUGUACGACCUGCGCGCUACGGUUAACUCAAGCUCAAAAGGUGAAAAUACGACCUCCAUCUCGCUCAACUACCGUGCUUCGAUCACGCAGACGACAGGAGAGGAGUGGAAGGACGUUAACCUCAUCCUGUCAACCUCGUCUCCCCUGACAGGCACAGAUAUCCCAGAACUUCAGCCUCAGCGUAUAUGCGCGGUUCCCGAGUUCAUGCCGAAAUCCAAGUACAAGAGGCGUUCGGCUGUUCUCAAGACUGCUGCCAUACCGCCGCCUCCGCCUAUGCCGGCGGCUGCCAUGCCUCGCAAUGACCUGUAUCGCAGCGCCCGCAUGUGCGAUUUGGAGGAAGACAUGCUUGAGUAUGAAGAAUCCCUACCGCCUCCCUUGAUGGGUGCAAGGAGGACGGAAGCCAAGGAAGGUGCCCUUAGCACAAGCUUCCACAUUGAGGGUUUGAGCAACAUUCCCAGCGAUGGGACGACGCAUAAGGUCGUGAUUAGUGUUUUGGAUCUCACGGCAAAACUCGAGUGGAUCGCAGUGCCAAGAUUGAAUACGAGUGCAUUCUUGCAGUGCCAAAUCACGAAUUCGUCAACAUACGUCCUUCUCUCCGGCCCCUCUAACGUCUUCCUCGAUGGUUCCUUCGUUGCCAAGUCGACCAUCCCGUAUGUGUCACCUCAGGACACGUUCGCGUGUUCUGUAGGUGUCGAUCCAUCGGUGCGCAUUACGUACCCACCACAAUCAAAGAAGGCGCGUAAGCAGGGCACGGGCAACUUCCUCAGCUCUUCUAAGCAGGACAUUACGCUGUUCACGCAGCAUAUCAGUAUCAAGACUACGCGCACGAGCGAGGUCAAACUGCUUGUACGGGACCUCGUUCCCGUCUCGGAAGAUCAGAAGUUCAAGAUUUCUGUGUUGGAACCGAAAGGGCUAGGGGAUGCGAAGGCCGGCGAGGAGAUCAAGCUUGAACAAUAUGUGUUCUGCUACUGGGCGAGGAAGGACUGGGAAACGAACGACAAGAGCACCGUCAAUGCGUCGAGCCUGAGCAAGGCAGUUCACAAGAGCAGUCAGAACGACGCACCCGAUGGACAGGUGGAAUGGGUUCUUAAACUCGCCCCUGGCACCAGCAAGGACCUGACUGUGAGCUGGGAGAUCGCUGCGCCUCAAGGCGAGAAGUGGCAGAUGCGCUAAUGUGCAAAGGGCGCGUGCUCAGUCGGAGCUGAUGUGGAAUAACAAAUAUUGUUU